AUGCAGGGUAGCAUGUUUAACACCUGGAAACCGAUGUGGGUUGUGCUGUCUGAAGAUGCCAUUGAAUUCUUUAAGAAGAAGACUGACACCAACCCUAAAGGAAUGAUUCCUCUAAAAGGGAGCACCCUAACAAGUCCCUGCCAGGAUUUUGGUAAAAGGAUGUUUGUCUUUAAACUCACAACUACCAAACAGCAAGAUCACUUCUUCCAAGCCUCUCACCUUGAGGAGAGAGAUGCGUGGGUGAAAGACAUUAAGAAAGCCAUAAAGUGCAUUUUGGGAGGCCAAAGAUUUUCCAGAAAAUCAACCAGGAAGUCUGUCAAGCUUCCAACAACAAUCAAUCUAAGUAACUUGUAUGUUUCAAUGAAAGACCCUGACAAAGGGAUAAAAGAAAUGAAACUGGAAAAAGACAAGAAAAUAUUCAAUCACUGCUUUACAGGCAGUUGUGUCAUUGACUGGCUUCUAUCCAAUAAUGCCAUCCAAAAUCGCCAAGGGGGUCUAAUGGUGGCAUCAGCCCUGUUGAAUGAAGGUUAUUUUCAGGCUGCUGGGGAGCUAUCCAAAACUGCAGCUGAAGGCCUGUCGGAAACGCCCUUCCUUGACAAUGAGGACGCCUAUUAUUACUUUGCAGACAGUGGAUUCUUCUGCGAAGGAAAUUCCAGUGACGAUGAUGGGGUUUUCAAGGAAGAGUUCAGAGGUGUGGUGAUCAAACAGGGAUGUCUACUGAAACAGGGUCACAGGAGGAAAAACUGGAAAGUACGAAAGUUUGUGCUGAGAGAAGAUCCUGCCUACAUACACUAUUAUGAUCCUGCUGGGGGAGAAGAACCACUUGGAGCCAUUCACCUGAGAGGUUGUGUGGUCACAGCAGUAGAAGAUGCACCUGACGGCAAAAAAAAUGAAGUUGGAGGGAAUCUGUUUGAAAUCAUUACUGCCAACGAAGUGCACUAUGUCUUGCAAGCAGCCACCUCAGCAGAACGUACUGACUGGAUCAAGGCCAUUCAGAUGGUUGCCAGGACUGGAAAGUGAAGAACCACCAACAUCAGCAAAUAGAGGCAACUUGUUACGUUGCUCGUAUAUAGCCAUAUCAUUUUAAAGGUUUUUUUUCUCUCUCUCUCUCUCUCUCUUUUGGUAAGAGCAUGACUAAGAAGUGAUGGUCAGAAUGCUGCAUCAAGCUACAUAAUAUACUUAACCACACAACGUCUCCUGUCCUGUCCCUGCCCCCUUUCCCCCAACUUGUUAGAAAGUCAUUCAGUUAUGUUCCUGUCACUGGCAGAAUAGACCAGUUGAUAAUAGCUGGUAAAGUAGCUGGAAGGGGGAAAUUGUGACUACUGACCUCAUCACAUUGAGAGGGGAAAGCAUAGGUGACCAUCCCUUUAAGAGUAGAGAAUCACCCUUCUUAUAUCAUCAGCUGUCCCAUUUGCAGUUCUCUCUCCCCAUCACACUCAACAUAGAAACUUAAGAGCUGGGAAUACAGUCAUCUUUUACAUUCAUCACAUGGUCAGUACUACUUUUCUUAAAUCAGGAGAAACAACAAUAUCGAAAACCAAGAGAUCUGUUGUUCUUCCCAAAGCCCUUUACAUUAAAGGAGACUGACACCACUUCAAAACCACUUCUUUCCAUGGGAUCCUAUUUUUUCUGCUCCAAACCCAUAGGAUACAAGAGAAAAUGAUCCAGGUUAAAACCACUUUUCCAUGACAUCCUAUUGUUUUGCAGCAAAUGCCAUAGGAUACAAGAGACUGCUGAUAGUUGGGCAAUGAAAUAGGAUGGGAAACUUUGAUGGUUCCCAUCGCACAUGUUUUUCAGUUGUAAACAUGGGAGUAAAGUGUCAUAAGAGGAGA